GUGAGGAAAUAUGACCUUCAUCCUCUUGUCUGGUAGAGUGAUUCAAAAGAUGGCUCUGAAAUUCAGGCCUUCAGUGGGUGGUGUAUAAAUGCACGUAUGUGUGCAAACGCGGCACACACAUUGCACAGCGAGCAAGGCCAGGGGCUCGUUGGAUGCUCUGGGUUUCAGAAAUUCCAGAGGAUUAUCGCACUCGCUCGCCAUGAAGCUGGCAACUGUCUUCCUGCUGGUGACCAUCAGCGUCUGUAGUUACUCUGCUACUGCCUUCCUCUUCAACCUUUUGCCCGCUCCUAUUGACAAUAUGCUGCCUCUGGAUGUUCUUGCCUUAUUGGACCCAUUAAAGCGUCUUCUGCAAGCUCUGGGCAUUUCUGUUGAACACCUUGUGGAAGGGCUAAGGAAGUGUGUGAAUGAGCUGGGACCAGAGGCUUCUGAGUCUGUGAAGAAACUGCUGGAAGCCCUAUCACACUUGGUAUGACAUCAGUAUAAAGACCGAAUGAAAUGGAAAAUGAAAGUACAAUGAUGUCCCCAUCUUCCCUGGCUGCCAUCACUCUGCUCAGAUAAAGAUGCAGGUCCUCACCCCUUGUGUCCCCUGGCAACAAUAAGUAAAGCAAUGAAUAGAUCUGC